AUGUCAACUCUCACCGAGCCUCCUCGUGCAACAACAGUAACGAAAACCAAAGACGAGAUCUUGUGUGAAACUUGUGGAGAUCAACUAGAACCCGAUCACCCUGGUAUACAAUGCGUUCAAGGGCAUCAUUAUUGCACCGAGUGUUCAGCUAAUAUUGUCCGACUGUUUUUUUCUGAACCAGAACAGAAUAUACCUUUACGUUGUCAAAAAUGUUGUAUCGAGUUAAUACCGAAUGUAUUUGAACGACAAUUAACAGAAGAACAACUUGGAAUUUAUAUUAAUCAUAUAUUGGUAUUUUCACUUGCGAAGGGAUUUCUUCGUGGAGACGAACGGUUAGACCAUUGUCCAUUUUGUACAAAUGCUGUUAUACGAAAUAUUCAUGCUGCACAUAUAUUCUAUUGUGAUCAUCCAGAGUGUGGUAAAGUAUCCUGUUUAAUAUGUCGAAAAGCUUGUCCAAAAAUUGAAGAUGACUAUGCUAUGGAUGAAGAAAUCGCUGAAAUGGAAAAACAUUUUAAAUGUGCUGAAUUAGCUGACGAUAAACAUGAACUUGAUCGAUAUGUUGAAUUAGGUCAAAAAGUGCCUUGUCCAACUUGUGGUUUAGCCGGUAUGAAAGAUGAUGCUUGUACACAUAUGACUUGUCCGAAAUGUUCACAAUUGUGGUGCUAUUUUUGUGGUAAAAAAGUGGAAGAUUGUGAAAGAGCACGAGACAGUAACAAUGGAAUUUUCGAUCAUAAUCAUAAUUGGGAGCGUAAUCCUAAGCGAUGUCCGAUGUAUUUAACUCAAUUAAGCGAAUUGGAUAAUCGAUGGCCUGAGGAUGAGUUUGAAUGUUUAGCUAUGUUUCACCGUAACAGAUCGUUACGUUUGUUACGGGAAGCGUUUGAGAAACUCGGUGAAGAACGUAUUAAACAGGUGGACGAUCAUUUUAAUACAAUUACUACAUGUGGUUUUUCAUUCAAAGAAAUUCUUGAGGAGGAUCUCACUUUAAUUAAAUAUCCAGAUAUUGAUAAAACUAGACUGUAA